UCGGCACUCAGGCGCAUCACGAUGGAGCUUCUGUAGCAAACAACAGUAUCGUUUCACUUAACCUAACGGUCUUUCUCGGCUUAGAAUCGAGCCGGCGCCCACGAGUAUGUCCUGAUGCCGGAAAGCCUAGCUCAUCCUAGAUAUCCGGUAGGCUAGAGAUCUGAGGCAUAGACGCGCGUCUGGCCUUUGAACCCUGGUAAGCGUUACGGUCAUUCUCCAGCAGAACAGUGAGUUUUAUGCCUUUGACAAUCUCUCCUGUCCACGGCGUCUUGCCGUCUGGCGAAGUACUCCACGGGGGCGAUGGCGUAAUGUGACUUAGAGUUCAAAAUGAAUCUAAUGGUGACCUUACAUCCGUGACUCUCAACUUACAAGCGCAACGAAAUCGAGCGCAUGGCGGCCAAGCUCGAGCUUUCCGAGGCUGUCAACGUACCCAGUUGCGAUAGAGUGAAUGACCUUCCGUCCCCAUGGCGGUGACGGUGUGCUGUGGGGGAAAUUAUCACCCAGAGGACGCGCAGGCCGAGUUCGUGCACCAGCUCUUGGACAGUGAGACCGUCGCCACGAGAACGAACGAAGCCGAUUUCCUCCGAGACCAAGCGGGUUUCAUACCCGGUACUCUUUCGAUGCUGCCGUCCACCUGUCUUGUCGACUUACCUGUUAAUAAUAGGGGUACAAGCCUAUCAAGGGCUUCUAUGAGCCUGUGCGUGGCUCGGCGCUAGACAUCGCCGGGCAGGGCGUUGCGAACCCGAUUGGUGCCAUUCUGAGCGUGGCGCUCCUGCUGCAGUACAGUCUCGGAACAGAGGAAGACGCUCAGUCUAUUUAGAAUGCUGAUGAUAACACAUUACUGUAGACGGCGGGCUGAAAACUAAAGAUGUGAGUGGCUCUGUCUGAACGGAGGAGAUGGGAGCUGCUAUUAGGGAAGAUAUGAAAAAGGUAUUGGUGUAAUCGAGAUGAGUCAUGCAUUACAUUUUUG